AUGGAGAUGAUUUUAAAGAGGAAACAUCCCGAUUCUGUUUCUGCUCUGAUUGUUGCCUCAAAGUCUUCGACAGUUGAAGAUAACAAAAAGAAAUUAUUAGAAGAACGAAUUGCUCGAUUGGAACAGGAAUUAAGAGAUAAGGAAAAUCACUUUCAAAGUAUACUUCUUACUUUACAAGAAAAGUUUACUGAUAUGAAGCAAAAAUACGAGAAUCACAUUAUUGAUGUUGAGAGACAAUUGAUGGAAGAUCGAAAAAUGCAUACUGACCUUAAGAAUAGAUCUAAUAAAACAGAUUUAAAAGAUGUCGCAGUUCAAACUGUGACUGGAGCUAGCCAUACUGUAGGGACACAAACGCUAUGGAAAGCGGAGAGAGCUUCGUCCGCAGUAAGCAGAUUAUCGCAAAAUUCUGCCUUGUUUAUGAACAAAUUGAAAGAGGACAGUUAUCUUGUUGCUACUAUAAAAGGACUACAAUCCGAAUUAACGAUAAAGCAACGCACUAUAUCCAAAAUCAACAGAGAGACUGAAGAAUUACGAAAAAAUCUUCGUAAUUUGCAGCGAGAAAAGGAAGUUUUACUUAAUUUGCACCCACAAAAGAAGACACCGAGCAAACAGACGAAAUCGGUUGAAAAUAUACUGGCUAAAGUAACUAAUGAGUGGGAAGCCGAACUUUCAGACACCAAAAAGCAGAAAGAAAUGCUUAUUCAGGAAAGGGCAAGUUUGCUGGAGUCACUCAAGCGAACUAAUGAAGAGUAUAUAUUAUUGAAAAAGAAACGAAUACAAGAUCUACACACGUUGCAAUUGGCGCACGAAAAGGAACUAAUGCAGAUGAAUAUACAGCUCUACCCCCUUCAAGAGGAGAUCAAGCUGUUGAAUCGCACGGUAGAGAUAUUGCAGGAGCGACUUCGGGUUGCAGAUGAGAAGCUAAGGUGUAAUGCUGGGCACAGAGACCAUGACACACGCGGUGGGGGUGAUAACGGAAAUUCUAAUAAUAGCCGU